AUGGUCGACGAUCUCGACUUGCAACACGGCCACACUUUUGUGCACACACCUUUAAGAUCGCUCUCUACGCAGACCCCCGAACCUUAUUCCGAAGACAAAUCAAUGAGGCCGCAAGCCCAAACACACUGGCAUAUGCCGCUCGACCACAGGACUCGUAGCAGGAUGAUCACUGCCAACAAUACCAGACCCGUCCGCAUCCGCGACUUCGUAUUCCGGACAUGA